AUGAGAAGAGAGAUACUGGAUAAGAUCCAUGAAGGGCAUGCCGGGAUCACAAAGUGCAGGGAAAGAGCCAGGCAGACGGUUUGGUGGCCUGGAAUUUCUAAGGACAUCGAGGAUGAUGUUCGAAGAUGUCCGCGCUGUGUCCAGGAGUCUAGCAAUAGGCAUGAGCCCUUGAUGCCUUCGCCGUUCCCAGAGCGCCCAUGGCAGAACGUAGCGGUCGAUCUUUUCUACCUUGGUGGCAAGUGGUUCGUGCUGGUAACGGAUUAUUAUUCAAGAUAUCCGGAGCUGGCUCCUUUGACCAACUUAACAAGUUCAGCGGUCAUCGAUCACCUGAAAUCCAUAUUUGCCAGGCACGGAACGCCAGAAGUACUCACCAGCGACAAUGGACCACAAUUUCGGAGACUUGUGGGCAGUGACUUUGCUACAUUCGCAAAAGAGUGGUCCUUAGAACACAGGACUUCUUGUUCACGUUUUCCACAAAGCAACGGCUUCGUCGAAGCCGCUGGCCGUGUCAUCAAGCUCAGUCUCAAAAAGUCGGACGAUGCGUAUAAAGCUCUUCAGAGCUAUCGCGCUACGCCAUUAGGAAAUGGUUUCAGUCCGGCUGAGCUACUUAUGGGUCGCCGUCUUCGCACGUCACUUCCUACCGCCGCGUCGCCGUUAAGUCCAAAGACACCAGAUCGGAAUCAGUUGCGUCAAUGGGAAGAGCGUCGCAUUGAAAUGCAAAAAAUAAACUAUGACCAGCGACAUGGUGUGCGAACCUUGCCACCCCUACGGCAAGGCGAGAGGGUAUGGAUAACGGACACCCGAUCAAGUGGCGUGGUUCAGGCACCAGCAGCAGCGCCUCGGUCCUACAACAUUCAGAUGGACGAUGGUGUACUCCGUAGAAACAGAUAUCACUUGAUACCUGUACCGUCACCGUCCUCUGAUUGCACCCAAAAAGGUCCUUCUGCAGACAAGUUGGCAGCUCCCACAUCCAACUCUCGUCCCCAGGAACUCGGAGGAGGAGCAGGCCCUGGGCCUGAGCUUGCUCUCUCCGCUAGGUCGUCGUCUGGGGAAGUUUCACAAGGUGGUUCGUCUGACAGUUCCGGCCACCAACCGGGAGACCACCCCCCACAUAACCCAACAGGAAUGACUACUCACAGCGGCAGAGUGGUGAAGCCAGUGAAAAGACUUCAAGUUGGAUUUGAAUGA